AGAUUUGGCAACGCCGUAGAGGACGCUGAGGGAGCACCGCGAUCGCGCGCAGUCGUCUCGAGUAGGGGGAGGUGGCAGUCUAGUGUUUUGGUCCCUGCUGUUUUGAGCGAACGGCCAGCGAUUCCACAAAUUGUUUCUUUGAACAGUCGUCCUUGUAAACUGGAAAGCUACACGCCAACAUCCCGAAGAUGACCACGCAUAAAGUUUCCAUCAUCGGCUCUGGAAAUUGGGGUUCUGCAAUAGCUCGCAUAAUUGGACUCAACGUGCAGAAGUUUGACUUCUUUGACAACAAUGUUAGAAUGUAUGUUUAUGAGGAGAUUGUUGAUGGGAAGAAGCUCACAGAGAUUAUCAACACACAGCACGAGAACGUCAAGUACCUUCCAGGCUACAAGAUCCCUGAGAAUGUUGUUGCUGUUCCUGACAUAGUAGCAGCUUGUGAUGGCUCAGACAUUCUGGUCUUUGUCCUGCCACACAAGUUCAUUGUUCCAACGUGUAAGCCUUUGAUUGGAAAGAUCAAGGCAGGCGCAGUUGGGUUGUCAUUGAUCAAGGGUUUCGACAUCGCACCUGGUGGCGGCAUUGAACUGAUAUCUAAUGUCAUUAAGAAGCUGCUCAGUAUCGAUGUGUGUGUUCUCAUGGGAGCUAAUCUGGCCAAGGAGGUUGUAGAUGAGAAGUUCUGCGAGACAACGAUCGGCUGCAAGGACCCUCACAGCGGUCUUCUUCUGAAGAACCUUAUUCAGACAGAGUACUUUAGGGUCACAGUGGUGGAUGACAUUCCAACUAUUGAAAUCUGUGGUGCCCUCAAGAACAUUGUUGCCUGUGGGGCCGGCUUUGUGGAUGGCCUCGGCUAUGGUGACAACACCAAGGCAGCAGUGAUUCGGCUAGGGCUGAAGGAGAUGAUUGCCUUCGCUGACUACUUUUACCCGGGUGCCAAGCUGAGCACAUUCUUUGAGAGCUGUGGCAUUGCUGACCUUGUCACGACCUGCUAUGGUGGCCGCAACCGUAGGGUUGCCGAGGCGUUCGUCACUUCCAACAAGACCAUCGAGGAGCUGGAAGCUGAGCUUCUUAACGGUCAGAAGCUUCAGGGGCCAGAAACAGCAGAGGAAGUUUAUGUCCUGCUUAAAAGUAAAGACAUGCUGGAUAGGUUUCCACUCUUCGUGGCCAUCCACCGAAUAUGCAAGCACGAAAUACCGCCCAGCGAAAUGAUCCAGUGCAUCAAGAACCACCCCGAACACAUGAACCCUGAGUUCGAGUUACCCAGCCACUUGUAGGCUGCCUAAGUCGAGGUUGCAUUCAACAGGACAGAAAAAAAAUGGGGGCGUUACUUUUUGUUGAUGUUGCUUGUCUUUGCUCAUUGCAUCUGCAACUUCCAGUCAUGGACAGUGAAAGAUUGGUGUAUGUGUUUGUGCUAUCUUUUUAAGCCAUAAGAAACAAUGUCAACUAAGAAGGUCAGUGUUACAGCUUACCCUCUUGCCUAUUACACACUGACGGUAAAGUAGUGAAACUUGUUGCAAAUUAAUAUAUUUUAAUUCUUUUCUUUCGUUAUCAGAUAUGUACAGACAGCACUGACAAAAGUUAACGGGCUGUGGGAUCUGAGGAAAUGUCAAAUUACUGCGCAGUUUGUGACUGCAGACAGUACAGCCACACAGCACCAUGAUGUUCGAAUUUACUAGUACAUACAAGUUGGACAUCCAGAUACUGGGCCUUGGAAACGUUGAUCCUUUUGUAAGAUCCAACAGUCUGUAAACAUUUGGCAUUGACUGAACAGUGUAUUCCCAUUUGCUCUGAAUUUCUUACUUUAUUCCUCUAUAGGUUAGUUCUGUCAUUCACCUAGUAAGAUACCUGUGCACUGCACCAAUUUUUCCCUAACCAAUCCAGACUGUAUGUAUUUUUGCAGGUUGCAGUUGUGAUGAAAUCCUGAUGAAAAUUGAUAUUGGUCUUUCAAAGUACUUACCUUCGAUAUCUUGCUAUUUCAAUUGAGUUUUGUUAGAGAUAGUCCUUAUCUGAUCAUUUAUAUACUCUUUAAAAGAAUGUGAUUGUUUUUAAUUCUUUUGAAUGGGAUAACUAUUGUGAAACACCAUUUUGUUUUUCUGUGGUUAUGUGGCUACCAUGGUAGGGUGCCUUGCAUUAAGCUGUAAUGUGCUAAAAUGGCAUCUUGAAAGCUUGAGCUGUGCACAUUCACAUGUUACUGAGUUCUUGACUGGUGCUUUUCAUAUUUCUCUUUAGAUUUCUUUAAUUCUUUAUAUAUUAGGUGCUUUUUUUUGUGCCAUCAGUGUACUUAUUACCUCUUAAAGGUUAAAAAUAGACUUAAUCACACAUUUACUGUUGUAAACAUAGGUAUUCCUAAAUGGUUAAGUUGUUUGUUGACUGCUAUGUUGUAAAAACCAUGCUAUUUGAUAUCUGAUACAAAUGAAAAUUGCACUUGACCGUGCCUGUGAAAACAUGCUGCCAAUUCUCUGUGCCUGUCAUUAAUGUACUCAUCACUGUUCAUCCCUGAGGUAGAGCUGGGUGGUGGUCAUUUAACCUUCUGAUUAAUCAAUGUUCUUAUUGUAGUUCAUAUUUUAGCUGUUUAUAAUUCGUUGGAAGUCACUGUUUCAAAAUGAGGUAAGUGCUUUCUCUUAAAAUUCUGCAUGUGCUUUUUUGUGACACUUUCUGUUUGGAGGUAAACAGCUUUCUAUUGCAGCAGUAUUUCAAGUGCAGUUAUUGUCCUUUGCUAAUAGCAUGUUAAGGAAAAUGUAUCGAUUGAAAGUUUAAAACAACAAGGGCUUCAAAUACCUGAUCUGAUCUUAAAAACAGCUACAGGUACAACAAAAAAAAAAAUGAAAAUUUUUGCUGCAGUUAUGACCAAAUAAUUGUACUGAUCGUGUUCAUUAAUUCAGUCAUUCAUUUGUCACAAUUUGGCUCACAUAAGGCACAAUGUAACGCUAAUAAAGCGAUAUCUGAGAAAGUUCACCUUGGAUCGAACCAACAAUCGUGUUUUCAAGCCCAGCUUUCUAAGCAUUAUUCCACAGCUGCUUUGGACAAGCAAAUAGCAUUAGGCCCUGACUUAAUGCUGUCUAGUUUUCAUAGUGCUCUUCUUGAGCAUCAUACUGCAGCAUUGAUCAAGCCAUAGUGGCGGCAGAGUUGCAUGCACUGCGACGCUCUUCCUUUGCAUUAACGAUGUUAACAUAGCUGCUUGUGCUGUCUGCGAGAUUUACCGAUUCUCGAAAGAAAUGUAAACAACAACAAAAAAAAAUUGCCAGGAUCACAGACAAACCAAUUAGAGGCGACGUAGAGAACUCGCUAACCAGCGUGUCUUGUACGGCCUGCUUGCAAAUAUAUGCUUUUUCAGAGUGAAAAGCCGCUUAGCAUUGUCUGGAAGUUUUCACGAGUUCUUGGAGGGCUCUUGUGAUCACGCGAGAGUCUCUAAGUGCAUUGAAGAGUUCAAGAUUCGUAUUGUUCUGUGCAGUAAUUGAGAUACAGGAAUCAAAGGGUCACCAAAUCAUUCUUUUCCUUUUUUAAAUUUAGAUAUGUUUGCAAAUCAAUGUGGCCAUGUGUAAACAACCACUUAAAUUAGUUGCAAUAAUGUUCAUUGGUGAGCUCGUUGGUACAUGACUUGGAAAACAAACAGCACUAAAAAAUGGGAUUAAACAAUCUAAACAGCGCACAGUCUUGUGUAUUCUUGUUUAGUUCUUUUUUUUUCUUUUUUUUUUACCGCUGCUUGUUUUCCAGCUGUUUAAAAGCUGACCAAUAAUUUUGUUUAAAAUUUCUAUCGACACCCAGCUCUACCUGUUGGAUGUGUUUUCACGCUUCAUGAUUACUACGUAGUUAGACUUCUGUGCAAUAAAUUGUGUUUUCA